CGUCUGUAAACCGGCUUCCCUAGUCAGGCGAUCAUGGCGGGCUUCAUCACGUAUCUCGCAACAUAUCUAUCUAUCUAUCUAUCUAUCUAGGAUUGAAUCCGGGUUGUACACCGCUCCUUUCGGCUUCUACCCGAACUCCUCUUACUUUUCGCUAGGAAACUCUGAAUCCAAAUCGAAAGCCUUGAUUAUUUAAGAUGAAGUUGUGAAAGAAGCGUACGGACCGUGCCACUUCGGACAACCUGUGUAGCUGAAGGAUACAUGGGCUCGCUACUGAUUGACGCGUGCGUACGGACCGUGCCACUGAACAACACGGGUCGUCCUUUGUUAGAGUUGCUUUGUGUUUCGAUCAUAUAUAAGACCUUAACGUCCAUCCCAGUGGCCAUCUUAUCAUCCCUCUUCUUCUCCCUGCGACCACGACUACUCACGUUAUAUUGUAUCAUGCAAGUUCAACUUUGGGCGAGGAACAUUGCUCCAGGAUCUUCAAUUGAGGUAGUCCUCCCGCGGCCAUUGUAUCUGACGAAUAUUUCCCUCUCCUGCGACUUUCAAAAUGCCUUCGCGCCGACCUCUCUGGUGCUUUCCAUUGUAAGGACCGACCGACGUACGUCUCCACCUUUUACCAUAGCGACUCUCAUCGUCGGGCAGUCUUUGACGCAACAUAUUCAUGUUAGACUAGACGCAGGUAUCAAAUACGUACUAAGUGUUAAGGGGUCGAAUACACUAUCUAUCUUGGGGUAUCACUCUCAGGUGAACGAUACAUUGAUCCAACCUAACAUGGAGAGUGCAAAUCAGAAUUCCAACGAUCUGGGGGUAACGGCCGCUACUCCUGCUAUCACUAUCUCGCCUCCGAUAAUAAACGGUACUCAACAGCCACCUUCCGGCUCAGGCUCUACCAAUCCCACUGCCGGCAAUGUUGCCACUUCCAGCCACCCUUUAACAGUGGCUGGGCCAAGCGACGGAGGGUUGACAGGGGAUGGUCGGUUCGACAAAGCACCUUCGACCGGAUUUAACUACUCGAGCGGUCAACGUCCCACUGAGUCGAAUAAAACCGUAAAUCUUCCGGUUCAAGCACCGAGACCCGAGCACUAUGGGUCCGCUAUGGGUUCCAAUAACGGAGAUCAUGCUGCGAAGAAGAUGAAAACUGAAGAUGGGAAUGCCAGGAGGCAGUAUUUGCCCACUGGCACCGGAAUGAGUGGACAAAUGGGUGGAAGUUAUACUGGUAGCGAAAGAAACGACACUCCUGGAGUCAUCAAUCCCAAAAAGAGGAAAGCAGCUGCCGAUAGUAAUACUGGUGCAUCUCCUCUUGCUCUUCCCCCUCAUUUUAACAUGACCGCAUCUUCAUCCUCUGCCGACCGUGCCCAAUCAAGCUCCCCGCGCCCUCCUCCAGCAGCUUACCCGCGCCAGAAUUUUUCGAAUACUUCGGGGACGAACAAUUCUCAUUUGAAUACGACCCCUCAGGCUGGUCCUUCCAACUAUCAGAAUACCAGCUAUUCCAGCCGGAAUCCAUUUGCGCCUUCUCCUACAGCUGGGAAUGACAUGUAAUAUAAUUCCGCUUUAUGGUGUAGUAACUCCCGCUCGAACAUGUCUACAUUGUGGCUGGGAAUCGUUUUCAAUGAGACUCGGAAUUGAUAAU